AUGUCUCAAGUCAAAACAAUAAUGAAGGGGUAUAUAAUCUUUCACUUAGACAAUGGUAAAUAUGUACAAGAUAUAACAUCUGAUAGUUCAAUCAAUAUAACUGAGUAUGAACAAGAAAUAUCAGAGAAAAACAAACAAAAAUUUGGUUUUUGGUUAGAAGAUAAAGAAGGAGUGAUUUUCAAAUUUACUAAAACUACAGAAAAUAAUGAAAAAGAGUAUUGUUGGUGUUAUAAAAGGAAAGGGACUACACGGAGUUCUCUAGUUAUAUUUAAUAAUGACAGUGAAACAAUUUAUGAACAUCUGAAAAAUUUACCAAGAAAGAAAAAUGAUAUUGAACCAUGGCUAAAAAGAGAAUUUGGUGAAGUAAUCAUAAAAGAACAAAAAGAAAUUAAACAAGAAGACAAUCACACACAAAAAGACACUGAUGACAACAGUGAAACUCAAAAAGACAGUCAAAUAAAUAUCCAAGAACAAAAGAAAUUAGAAGAGAAUGAUGAGAAUAUAAACACAAUAAAAAAUGAUAAAAAAGCAUCACUUACAGACAAAAUCAAUACAGAUGAUAAACCAACUAAAAUUGAAGAAAUAAUAGAGAAAGACAAAUCUGACAUAACAACUGAACAACAAAUAAACGAAGAAAGUAAAGGAGGAGAAAUUAAACAAAAUAAUCAAGAAAAUAAACUAAAAGAAAAUGAUAAUAAACAAAACAGUAUAGAAGAAUAUAAAAUAGAAAUUGAGAAGUCACAAGAAAGGAACUUACAUAUUAAAGAAGAAGAUGAAACUAUUAAAAGUGAAAAGGAAGAAAAUCAACAAAUUAAAACAAGCACUCCACCACAAACAGAAAAAGAAAUUAAGCCUCAACAAAGUUGUCAAGAAGAAAUAUUAGAAAAAAGAAUAGCAAAUGAAAAUGAAAAGACAAAUAUCAAUAGAGAAGUUGAAAAAACACAAAAUGAAGACGAAAGUAAAGAACAUGAAAGUAAUAAUAUAGAAAAUGAUAAAAAAAUUUACCUUGAAACACAACCUAUUGAAGAAACAACAAUUAAGGCAAUUUCUAAAAACGAAGAUAAGUCAGGUGAUAUACAAAGAAUUGGUCAAGAAGGAAACAAUAAAUCCAGUGAAGAAGAAUUAAACAAUGAAGAAGAUAUUAAAGAAGAAAAUGAACGUAAUAAAAAAGAAAAUAAUGAUGAAGAUAGUCAAAAGAAAAAAGAAGAAUUUAAAAAAUCUGAUGAAUUGACAGAUACAUUGGAAAGCAUAAACAAAAACAAAGAAAGUUUUGAGACAUUUAAUAACGAAGAAAAUACAAUUGACAACCCAGAAAUUCAAUCAGAAAAUAAACAACAAAUUGAAGAAGGAAGUCAAAAAGUUAACCAAAAACAAGAGAUUAUUAAGAAAGAACAUAAAAUUCAAGAAAUCAAAGAUGAUAAAGAAAAGGUUGAGAACAGUGAAAGUAACACCCUUCAAGAAGAAGUGUUAAGUAAUAGUCCUGAAGAACUUAAAAACAAUGGGGAUAUUGAAAAUGAUAACAGUCAAAAGGUAGUAGAAAAGAACAUUACUGAUAUAAAAAUGGAAAAUAUUAAAGAGAAUGAAAUAAAAGUCUCAGAAAAUGUCUUAGAAGAAACCGAGUUAAAUAUCACAAAAAAACCAAUACAUGAAACAAUACACGAUGAGAAUUCAAACGAAGAGGAAGAAGACAAAAUCCAACAAUUAAAAAAAACAAUACUAGAACAAACCAGUGAAGGAAAAGUCGAAACAAUACAAGAAGAAAAGAAUGAGAUUAUUAACGAAAAACCUCAAAGACAACAACAGAAAGAAGAAGAUACAUUAUCAGAAGUAAAAGUAGAACUACUACAAGAAGAAAGUACAACACAAGAAAUAAAAACAAAAAAAGAAGAAAAUAAACAAAGAAUUAUUAAUGAAGACGAACAAAAUGAGGUUGAUACAGCAAAAAUAAAAAAUGAAGAUAACAGUUAUAUAAAAAUAGAAAAAAAAACUAUGGAAGAUGAACAUAUUGAAGAUAAUGAAAAUAAAACUGAAACAUCACAAGAUAUUGAAGACAUAACAAACAUCAAGGAAUUGAAUAAGAGACAACAUGAAAAUAAUACAGAAGGAAAUAAUAAUGGUAAUGACGUUGAAACAAAAAAUGAAGAUAAACCAAUACCUGAAGAAAGUGAAAUAGAAAAAAUUAUUACACAAAAACAGAUAGAAGAAACACAAAUUGAAAAGGAAAGUAACAAUGUAGAAAGUAAACAACUGGAUGUAGAAAAUAAUAAUACCAUACAACUGAAAGAAGAAGAAAAAAAUAAAACUGAACUAAAAGAUAACAACAAAGAGAAAGAAGAAGACAAGUUCAUAAAAGAUAAUAUUGAAAAAACUCAAAGUGAUAGUAAAAGAAAAAUAGAAAAUCAUACAGAAGCAGAUGAACUUACCAAAGAAACACCAAACCUACUUGAUAAAGAAGAG